AUGGAGAUUGUGCUGCCCCCACACCUGGAGCGCAUCCGGGAGAAGCUGGCGGAGAACAUCCACGAGCUCUGGGCCCUGACCCGCAUCGAGCAGGGCUGGACCUACGGGCCUGUUCGGGUCCUUUUCGAGGUGAUCCCGACGCUGCUGGCCCUGGGCUGCCACGUGGGGAUGGCGGACGAGAAGGCUGAGGAGAACCUGAAGAAGAUCAAACUGCCCAAAACGUGCGGCCAGCGGUGGCACGUGGGGGGCGAGUCCUUCGGGCGGCCCUGGCAGGCCGGGGACGUCGUGGGCUGCCUCAUCGACCUGGGCGAGUGCCACAUGAGCUUCACCCUCAACGGGGAGGUGCUCAUCGGGGACGGCGGCUCCGAGGUGGCCUUCAGGGACUUCGAGGUGGCCGACGGUGAGGGGGGGACAGACUGGGGGUCCCUGGCCUUGUACUACUACUCGGUGCGGCUGUUUGCGGGGCAGGAGCCGGGCAGUGCCUGGGUGGGCUGGGUCACCCCCCACUUCCACCAGCACGACCCCGACUUCGAGCUGAGCCGCGUGCGCAGCGUCACCGUCACCAUGGGCGACGACCGCGGCAACGUGCACGACAGCAUCAAGCGCAGCAACUGCUACAUGGUGUGGGGGGGGGAGUUUGCGACCCCCACGCAGCAGGCCCGGGUGUCCCACACUGACCUGGUCAUCGGCUGCCUGGUGGACCUGGCCACGGGGCUCAUGACCUUCACAGCCAACGGCAAAGAGAUCAACACCUUCUUCCAGGUGGAGCCCAACACCAAACUGUUCCCGGCGGUGUUCGUGCAGCCCACCACCCAAAACGUGCUCCAGUUCGAGCUGGGCAAGCUCAAGAACAUCAUGCCCAUCUCGGCGGCCAUGUUCAGCAGCGAGCGGCAGAACCCGGCGCCGCAGUGCCCGCCGCGGCUGGUGAUCCAGCAGCUGACCCCGGUCACCUGGAGCCGCAUGCCCACCGAGUACCUGGCCGUGGAGAGCGCCCGGCUGGGCGAGCGCCAGGGCUGGGCCGUGGAGUGCUCCGAGCCCCUGCAGAUGAUGGCCCUGCACAUCCCCGAGGAGGACAGGUGCAUCGACAUCCUGGAGCUGUGGGAGCGCGAGGAGCUGCUGCAGUUCCAGUGCCACACGCUGCGGCUCUACUGCGCCGUGUGCGCGCUGGGCAACAACCGCGUGGCGCACGCCCUCUGCAGCCACGUGGACCAGGCCCAGCUGCUCUUCGCCAUCGAGACCCCCGAGCUGCCGGGACCCCUGCGGGCCGGCUACUACGACCUGCUGCUGGCCAUGCACCUGGACGCGGCGCAGCGCGCCCGCUCCUCCAUGAGCGCCGAGUUCAUCGUGCCCAUCACCGAGGCCACGCGCUCCAUCGCGCUCUUCCCCGACGGCGGGCGCUGCCCGGGACCCCCGGGCGUGGGGCCCAGCGCCUGCCUGAGACCCCAGCCCCAUUUCUCGGAGCCCUGCUUCAUCCGGGCGGCGGGCGGCGGCGGGCGGGCGCCGCUCAGCCCGGCCAUCCCGCUGGACGAGCUGGGAGCCAAGGCCAUGCGCAUGCUGGCCGAGGCGGUGGCCGGAGGGGGUCCCCACGCCCGGGACCCCGUGGGGGGCAGCGUGGAGUUCCAGCUGGUGCCCGUGCUCAAGCUGGUGUCGGCGCUGCUGGCCGUGGGAGCGCUGGGGGACAGCGACGUGCGGCGCGUGCUCCGCAUGAUCGAGCCGCGCGUCUUCGGCGAGGCGCGGCGCGAGGGAGGGCAGCAGCAGGAGGAGCAGGAGGAGGAGGAGGAGGGGGUGAAGGCCAUCGAGGCUGGCGAGGAAGAGGAGGGGGAGGAUGAGGAGGCGAGGAGGAAGAAGGCCGUGGAGGCUGGAGAGCUGGAGGAGGAGGAGGAGGAGGAAGAGGAGGAGGAGGUGAGGAGGAGGAAGGCCAUCGAGGCUGGAGAGCUGCAGGAGGAGGAGGAGGAUGAGGAGGAGGCCAGGAGGACGAAGGCCAUUGAGGCCGGGGAGGUGCAGGAGGAGGAAGAGGAGGAGGAGAAGGAGGAAGAGCUGGAGGAGGGGCUGCUGCAGAUGAAGCUGCCAGAGUCGGUCAAGCUGCAGAUGUGCCACCUGCUGCAGCACCUGUGCGAGCGGGAGCUGCAGCACCGUGUGGAGGCCAUCGUGGCCUUCUCGGAGCGCCACGUGCAGCGGCUGCAGCGGGACCAGCGGCGCCGCUACGGGCGCCUGAUGCGGGCUCUGACCAUGUCGGCCGCCGAGACCGCGCGGCGCACCCGCGAGUUCCGCUCGCCCCCGCAGGAGCAGAUCAACAUGCUGAUGCAGUACAAGGGGGGGGCUGAGGAUGAGGAGUGUCCCGUGCCUGGGGACAUCCGGGACGAGCUGCUGGACUUCCACAAUGACCUGCUGGCCCACUGUGGCGUGGAGCUGACGGAGGAGGAAGAGGAGGAGGAGGAGGAGACGUCGCUGCGGCAGCGGCUGCUGGGGCUGGUGCAGAAGGUGGUGGGGGUCCGGGGACCCCCCAAGGAGGAGGAGACCCCCCCCGAGGAGCCCCCGGUGCCCAGCACGCUGCAGGAGCUGAUCUCGCAGACCAUGGUGCACUGGGCGCAGGAGUCGUUCAUCCAGAGCCCGGCGCUGGUGCGGGCCAUGUUCAGCCUGCUGCACCGGCAGUACGACGCGCUGGGCGAGCUGGGCCGUGCCCUGCCCAAGGCCUACGCCAUCAGCGCCACCUCGGUGCCCGACACCACGGCCCUGCUCGAGUGCCUGGGCCAGAUCCGCUCGCUGCUCAUCGUGCAGAUGGGCCCCGAGGAGGAGAACCUCAUGAUCCAGAGCAUCGGGUGCCCCACCUUCAGGGGCGUCUAUGUCCCUGGUGUCCGCUGA